AGAAUUAAACUCAAAUGCGAUGUCGGUGUCGAGUCGAGGCGCGGCUUCCCCAGCACAUCGGACCGCGCCAACCAAAUGGCUCUUCACCAAAGAGGAGAUGAAAAAGACAGCGAGCAUUCAAGAAGGAAUGAGCAGAGAAGAAGAACUAGCCUCCCGACAAAUGGCCGCCGCGUUCAUCCAAGAAAUGAUAGAUGGAUUGAACAAUGUUAAAGAUCCAAAAAUGAAAAUCGGUCACACGGGUCUUUGCGUUGCACAUACACAUAUGCAUCGCUUUUAUUAUUUGCAUAGCUUCAAAAAGUAUGAUUAUAGAGACGUAGGUGCUGCUUGUGUAUUUUUAGCGGGUAAAAGUCAGGAGUGUCCAAGAAAAUUAUCACAUGUGAUCAGUGUAUGGCGGGAGCGAAAGGAUAGAAAACAAUUGACGACGGAAACUGCUAGGAAUGAAGCAGCCCAAAUUAUUGUUCUUCUGGAGAGCAUGAUUCUACAGACAAUCGCAUUCGAUCUCAACGUUCAUCUUCCUCAUAUUUAUGUUCUGGAUAUCAUGAAAAAAGUUGAUAAAAAAGAGCAUUAUCGACCUUUGACAUCUUGCGCCUACUAUUUUGCCACAGACGUAAUAGCUGUAACAGACUGGUCACUUCGAUAUUCUGCAGCGUCAAUGUCUAUUGUAAUUAUUCAUUUAAUGGCAGCCUAUGCCAAUGUCCGGAUAGAGCGAUUAUUUGCCGAUUUCAUCAAUGAAGAUUCACCGUGGUAUGCGAAAUUUGACGAAACAAUGACGAACGAGAAGCUGAGAGAAAUGGAAGUAGAUUUCCUUGUAACAUAUCGGAAUUCCUGUCAAUUUCACCAUGCUUCCAAAUUCAACUUCCGUGAACAUCGUCCUAUGCUGGAGAAUCCAGACGUACGGAAAUUAGAUCGUACGAGAGAUGCCAGAAGUCAUAGUCCAAUGGUUCAUCAUGUACCUGAUUCUACAGUAAAUGUACGACCGAGAGCAUACGUUCCGAGAGAUGAAUUGACAGUUGAAAGAUUAAACAAAGAACGAGGUGUGGAAGAAGAACGUCGGAAACGAGAACGAGAUCGAAUGGCUGGAAAACUUGACAGUUCAACGAGUAGUGAAAAGCGUGCUCGAAUAGAUCCACUUGCCAACAAUUUCGUAUCUUCAUCAUCGUCAUCAAAUGGAAAAUUGGCCCCACCUCCAAUACCUCCACAGCUUAAUUUUCCGCCACCACCAAUCGUGUCAUCUGGAUAUAAUCACAAAAAUCAGAUUAAUCGAAAGAAUCAUGAGAAUAAUCAUACAAAUUCUUCGGUUUCGCCAGCGUUUGUGCCCAGUGCUCGAACAUUCGACGUGGCUCCAAUGCUUACACCACCAACUGCUCCAAAGCUCCAAAGUGCUGAUAAUUCAGAUAUGGAUUUGGAAGAUGGUGAACUAGAAUAAUUAUUUUUAGUUCGUAUUUUUAUUAGUUGUAUCUCCUUUCUUAUCCAAAAAUCUAGCUACAGAUGUUUAUUUUUAUCUAUUUUUGGCUCAAUAUUUGAAUAUCAAUCCACAAAAUCUCUGCCUUGCCCCCAUUUACCGUUUCUUUCUUUGCUAAUUUAUUUGAUCUGUUCAUUUUUAUUUCCUUUUGUUGUUUACUUUCUAAAAUAUGUUUUUGAAAAGAUUUAGCUUAUGAAACCCCGAUUCCCUAGCAUUUCAAUGUAUUCUUUUUACGCCCAUCGUUAAGCACAAAAUUCCUCGAAAGUUACAAAAACCCACCGGUUUCAAUAGUUUUUCUCACUUGAGAAAUUCAAUUUUUCAUCAUCAUCAUCAUCCCUUGUUGAUUCUUUCCUCCUCUCACUGUGAGACUUGUCUGUGAAAUUUUUUUCUCAUUUGCAUGGCAUUUGUUUUGUUUCCGAGUUAUAUCAAUUGAAACUGCAAUUUUUCUGUUCAUCUUCAUUCUGUACUGUAGCAUUAUCGAAAUUUAGUACAUAAUGAAUGGUUUUUAAAACAA